AUGGUUUCCAAACCUAACGAUUAUCCUCUAAUUCUUCAUCAUAAAUUAAUUGAAGAGGCGGGGGAUGAUGAUGCUGUUGGAACCUUGUCCGCCAAGAUAGAUCAGUUGAAAAAGCAAAUCCAGGCAGAGAGAAUUCAGUUCAUUGCUGAAAAACUUCAGAGGAACCAGAAGAAGCUACAAUGCCAUAUUUCAGGAAUAAUGUCAGCAGUAUCAACCAGGGAGGACUCUUCACAGACGGAAGAAAACAGGACAUGUGCAAUUCUUUCUUCAAGAAUGGACCGUCCUUUAUGUAAAUUCGAUGGUUUUAACCAUGUUUCAGGAGACAAAGACCACAGCAAUCAAGACAUAUCAUCUGUUACAAGCAUCAGGAUUCCACGUAUUGAAAGAUUGCCACCAUAUACAUCGUGGAUAUUUUUGGAUAGGAAUCAGAGAAUGGCUGAAGAUCAGUCAGUCGUUGGAAGAAGACGAAUCUACUAUGAUCAACGUGGAAGUGAAGCAUUGAUAUGUAGUGACAGUGAGGAGGAAUUAACAGAACCUGAGGAAGUAAAACAUGAAUUUUGUGAGGCUGAAGACCGUAUUUUAUGGAUGGCAUUUGAGGAACAUGGGUUAAAUGAGGAGGUACUGAAUGUUGUUUGCAAGCAUGUUGGGGGCACCACUUUAGAAAUCCAGGAGAGGUACAAAAGUAUCAAGGAAAAUACUACUGGUAGGUUGGACCAGCAUUCAAAAAGCUUAGGAGAACAUGAGUCUCCUAUGAGCAUGUAUCUAGAGAAAACCCUGAGUGAUGCACUAGAUUCUCUUGAUAACCUUUUUUGUCGCCGAUGCCUGAUUUUCGACUGUCGACUGCAUGGCUGUUCUCAACCUUUGAUAUGUCCUAGUGAAAAGCAAACUGUUUGGUCUGAGCCUGAAGGCAAUAGGAAACCAUGCGGUGAUCAGUGUUACCUCCAGCAGUUAAAUGUUGUAAAAAAUUUGCCAAAAGAUACAACUCCUGGAUCUCUUUGGGAUAAGAAAAUUACAAUUGUAGAGGAGACAAAUGGGACAAUGUCACCACCUUCCGCUGCCAAAGAACCUGGGAAUCAGAGUACUAGACUUCCAACAAGACUUGAUUGCCAUGGAUAUCUUAAUUUGAAUGACAAUGUCUCAGAAAAUUCAGGGAAACGGAAAGUCACAAAUCAGUUAGACUCAAGAUUGCCUCCUGAUUCUCAGAAUUCUAUUUUGGACAAAUCUGUUGAACGCUCUUCGAAUAAAAUAAAAGUUCCUUCUAGCACUUGCCACAGUGAGAAUGACAAAGGUGUUUUGAAUGGAUCCAAAGUUGUCACAAAUGAGACAGAACUUCAAAAGCCGUUGGAUUCAAUGGAAGGACAGGUUGAUGAAAUGGUAGGUUUCUCAGAUUGGAAACCUCUAGAGAAAGAGUUAUACUUGAAGGGAGUGGAAAUGUUUGGCAGAAACAGUUGCCUCAUAGCUAGGAACUUACUUUCUGGUUUGAAGACUUGCAUGGAAAUAUCUAGUUACAUGCAUGAUCGAGGAGUGUCAAUGCCCCACAGAUCCAUCGCUGCAGCUAGUUCAAUCAUGGAUGACGAGGGAAAAUUUGACACAGAGUGCACAGACCAAGAUAUGCCAUCUAGGUCACGGUUGCUGAGAAAAAGAGGCAAAACAAGGAAGUUUAAAUAUUCUUGGAAGUCUGCUGGUCACCCAACAACAUGGAAAAGAAUUGCUGAUGGGAAAAACCAAUCUUGCAAGCAGUAUACGCCUUGUGAAUGUCAAUCAAUGUGUGGAAAGGAUUGUUCUUGUGUUAAUGGUGGGACAUGCUGUGAAAAAUACUGUGGUUGUUCGAAGAGCUGCAAAAAUCGUUUCAGAGGAUGCCAUUGUGCCAAGAGUCAAUGCAGAAGUCGACAAUGUCCAUGCUUUGCUGCUGGACGUGAAUGUGAUCCAGACGUCUGUCGAAACUGUUGGGUUAGCUGUGGGGAUGGCACAUUGGGGGAGCCACCGCGGCGUGGAGAAGGUCAAUGCGGAAAUAUGAGACUUCUUUUAAGGCAACAACAGAGGAUUCUCUUGGGGAAGUCGGAUGUUGCAGGAUGGGGAGCCUUCUUGAAGAAUCCUGUUAACAAAAAUGAUUACCUAGGAGAGUACACAGGUGAAUUGAUCUCACACAGAGAAGCUGAUAAGCGUGGAAAAAUAUAUGAUCGUGCGAACUCAUCUUUCCUUUUCGAUUUGAAUGAGCAGUUUGUUCUUGAUGCUUAUCGGAAAGGAGACAAGUUGAAAUUUGCAAACCACUCAUCAAACCCCAACUGCCAUGCAAAGGUGAUUUUAGUUGCUGGAGAUCAUCGGGUUGGCAUAUUUGCCAAGGAACACAUUGAUGCCAGUGAGGAGCUCUUCUAUGAUUAUCGCUAUGGUCCAGAUCAAGCACCUCCAUGGGCUCGUAAACCUGAGGGUUCCAAGAGAGACGAAUCAGAAGGUAGGGCAAAGAAACAUCAAUCCCAUUGA